AUUGGACGCGAGUGUUCAUUGCGUGGAACGGUUCCGACAUUUUCUUGCUUAGUUCGGUAGUGCUCCGAAUAUCGAGUUUACAUGGUAUUUUGUAGAGAUUACAAUUAACUAUUUUAAAAUUAACGAAAACUUGCCCCAAUAAACCAUGUAUUGAGAAGAACAUAAAAAUCAAAAAAGAAAAUAUGCGUUUAAAUUAUAAAGAAGCUACGCCAAAUUUUCAGCCAAAUACGUUCUGCCGUUCUUGAGUUUUAAAUAUAAAAUCGAGGGCGAUUAUACAAAAAAAUCCGGCGUUACUACCUUUUCCAGGACUAAAAAGGAAUAUCUGAACAAAUUUUCACGUCUUUUCGUGCUGUGGUCCGGGCGUAAUUCGCGAACUUACAAAAAAGGCGUUUAAUUUUUAGAUAUGUAUGUAUAAGAGGAUAAUACGAACGUGUUUGCCUAAACACAUAACGCUACAUGCAGAUGUAUUUCCCAAUUUUUUCGCUAAUGACCAUGUCAGAACACAUCAUAGAAAAAUACUUGAAAGAUUGAAGUGGUUCAAUCGUCGGUGAAUAAUGUGCAACCGUCAAUGUCUCCUUUGUUACGAAUCAAUGUACCGUGCGAACUGUACAAAACAAGCAGCAAGUUGAUGGGCCCUUGGUCUCUAAUCGGAGCGCUCAUAGUGCUCUCAGCAACAGCUGGGGAUUCCACUAGCAAAAUUAUAGCGCCGCAACAAAGUAGCAGUAUUAGCAGCGGCAGCCAUGCCGAUGACAACGCGGAUUACACCACAGCGACCGUAAGUGUUGUCAGCGUAGCUGGUAGUCGUGUUAGCGGAAAUGGAGUUGGAGGCGGUACUGUUGUCAUUGGCAAUGGUGUAAUAGUGGCAGGUAGCGCUGGACCUUCGUCUAUGUUAAAUAAUUCUCUCUUGGCUUCUUUUGUUUCUGCUCUCCAACACAAUGACAGAUCCUCUCAUGCCGACCACUGAAUUAAAACCUAGAUAACUGAAGCGCAUGUGUACAGACAUAUGUAUGUUACUCACUCAAUCAUUAAAACUUUAAUCACUGUAAUUGGGAGGAUGGCUUUAGACCACGGUCUACACCUACAUAAAUAGCUUAAAGUCAGAUAAAAAUUCGGAAACCAUUAUACCAUGUGUAUUUUUGCUAAGAGAGAGAAUUUUAAA